GACUUAUGUAGACUUCAAAAUCCAGAAUUUAAAAAUAAUAAGUCGAAUCUUGUUAGUCAACUAAGAUAAAUUGAUAAUAUGAAUUACUCUAAGAUUACAUAAUUUUAAGGAGCUAUUAUUAUUUAAUGAGCUCUGGGCCCAAUUUGACAACCAUGGAUCCCAGCCUUUCUCUCAAACUUAUCUCUGUCUCAUUCCCACCUGGGGCUUUAUUUCAGUCCCUGCUUCUGCAAGUUGCUUCGUACACAUGGAUUAAUGUUCCUUUGUGAACUGAACUGGUGCUCUUCCUGUUUGAUUCCCAGCUCUGACUGCCUCUUGGAUCCCUCAUAUCAAACUGGCCUACUACUGAAAUUUUGCUGAUGAAAUGAAUAGAUCAUUUCCAGCAUGUUUACCCCCUGUUGUACCCUGGGGAUUCAUUUUAUAGGCACAAGUGCAAAAGAGGAAACACUAGGCUGGAUGAUGUGAGGCAAGCAGAACUUGAUAAGAUAUAACCAUACAUUGAUAUUUGCAGCUACCAUUUAAUGUAUCUCCAGUCCUCACAGCAGUUUGAUGACAUAGGUAGUGCUAUCCCCACUAUGCAGAUGAAGAUUAUGAAGCUCAGAGAGUUUAAUUUAUAUGUCCCAAGUUCCCAUCUAUUCUGGAGCUAGGAAUGUAAUGUUAGCUCCUUCUACUUACAAAUUGUCCGAUUUCACCACAUUAAAAUGGCCCUUCAACACAUGUUCCUUGUACUCAAGCUGUUUACAAUGUAAUGAGAAAGAAUGUCAAUAAAUAGCCUCUUUUGAAAUUAAAUUUCCUUCUAAGGUAUACCUCCUAUACCCCCCAUUUUUUUUUUUUUUUUUUUGGUAAAUGAUUCUACUAGUUUUUAUGCUAACUCUCCCUGAUUCUAGACAUUCCUGACUUCUCUCUCUCAUGCAGGUAAAAUUUAAUAAGUUGAGUCCUUCUGACUUCUCCGUUCAUAAUUUUGCUGAUACCAGUUCUUUUGUUUCUACUCACCACCUCCUGCCUGGAUUGCAUCUUCUCUGAUCCAUCUUACAGUUCUAUGUCUUCCAAUUGGUUAUGCAAACUAAUCAUUCUAAGCUUUUACUUCUGCUAGUCAUUUUGCUACUCAGAAACCUCACAGUGUUUCUGUUACUUUUAGUAACUGGACCCAGCCCACUUUGUCUCAUAAAGUUCAAACAUGAAUUUUCCAGAAGAGCCAGUAGGAUAAUGACAGGCUGAAGCAAGGAAGAAUCACCAUAGAAGAAUUUAGAUCAAUUUAUCGAAUUAUUGCGCACAGAGAAGAAAUUGUUGAGAUUUUCAACACGUAUUCUGGUAACCAGAAAUUUCUUGUUGAAAAAAACCUGCUCCAAUUUUUGAUACAAGAACAGUAUAUACUUGACAUGAGUCAAAAUGUUGCUUUUGAGAUCAUUCAGAAAUAUGAGCCUAUUGAAGAAGUUAAGAGAGCACAUCGGAUGUCAUUUGAAGGUUUUAUAAGAUACAUGGGUUCAUCUGAAUGUCUAAUAUUUAAACCUGAUUGUGGAAGAGUUUAUCAAGAUAUGACUCAACCACUAAAUGAUUAUUUUAUUUCAAGUUCACAUAAUACCUACUUGAUAUCUGACCAGUUACUGGGACCAAGUGACCUUUGGGGAUAUGUAAGUGCCCUUGUGAAAGGAUGCCGUUGUCUGGAAAUUGACUGCUGGGAUGGAUCACAAAAUGAACCUGUUGUAUACCAUGGUUAUACACUCACCAGCAAGCUUUUGUUUAAAACAGUUAUCCAAGCAAUACACAAAUAUGCAUUCUUAACAUCUGACUACCCAGUGGUGCUCUCUUUAGAAAAUCACUGCUCCCCUUCCCAACAAGAAGUGAUGGCAGACACUCUGCAGUCUGUUUUUGGAGAUGCCUUGCUUUCUGAUAUGCUUGAUGAUUUUCCAGACAAACUACCUUCACCAGAGGUAUUAAAAUUCAAAGUAUUAGUUAGGAACAAGAAAAUAGGAACCUUAAGGGAAACCCAUGAAAGGAAAGGUUCUAAUAAGCAUGGUCAGGUAGAGGAAUUUGAAGAGAUAUAUCAAGAUGAAAUCAAAGGAUCAGAAACAUUGAUUGGAUCAGAAGACAAUCCAGGAAAGGAAGAUGAGAUAAUAAGCGUAGCUGGAUUACCACUUUUCAAGAAAAGGAAGGUAAAGGUGGCUCUGGCCCUAUCUGAUCUUGUCAUUUAUACCAAAGCUGAGAAGUUCAGAAGCUUUCAGCAUUCAAGACUGUAUCAGCAAUUUAACGAAAGUAAUUCUAUUGGGGAGACAGAAGCCCGAAAACUUUUAAAGCUGAGAGCCCACGAGUUUGUUCUUCACACCAGGAAGUUCAUUACCAGAAUUUAUCCCAAAGCAACAAGAACAGACUCCUCUAAUUUUAAUCCUCAAGAAUUUUGGAAUAUAGGUUGUCAAAUGGUGGCCUUAAAUUUCCAGACACCUGGUCUGCCUAUGGAUCUUCAAAAUGGGAAAUUUUUGGAUAAUGGUGGUUCUGGAUAUAUUUUGAAACCACAGUUCCUAAGAGAUAUUAAAACACAGUUUAAUCCGAAUAAACCACCAAACCAGAGUGAUCCAGUUACACUUACAAUAAGGCUCAUCAGUGGUAUCCAGUUACCUCCCAGUAAUCAUUCAUCAUCUAACAAAGCUGACGCAUUAGUGAUUCUAGAACUUUUUGGUGUUCCAAAUGAUCAAACGAAACAGCAGACUCGUGUCAUUAAAAGAAAUGCUUUUAGUCCAAGAUGGAAUGAAACGUUCACAUUUAUUAUUCAAGUGCCAGAAUUGGCAUUGAUGCGUUUUGUUGUUGAAAGUCAAGGUUUAAUAACUGGAAAUGAAUUUCUUGGCCAAUAUACUUUACCAGUUUUAAGCAUGAACAAAGGUUACCGUCGUGUUCCUCUGUUUUCCAGAAUGGGCGAGAGUCUUGAGCCUGCCUCACUGUUUAUUUACGUUUGGUACGUCAGAUAGCAAUUAAUAGCACCUGACAUAUCAUUAGCUAUACAUCGUAAUAAAACAGCCAAAAUGAA